AUGGCCCUGAUCGAGUACGCCCUGUCCUGGUGGACUGUUGCCGCUGCCCUCGUCGUCCUUGCGGCGUCCUACGCCUACGACCAUGUCGUGACGCAUGCCCAUCUGCGAGGCAUUCCGGCGCCGUGGGGAGCGCAGUUCUCCAACCUGUGGCUGUUGGCCACCUGCCGCCGCGGCGAACGCUACCGGCGCGUCGACGAGGCUCACAGCAGGCUGGGCAAGGUGGUGAGGAUUCAGCCUGGGCACGUCAGCAUUGCCGACGACGGCGCCAUUGCUGCCAUCUAUGGCCACGGCAAUGGCUUCUUGAAAUCGGACUUCUACGAUUGCUUCGUCUCGAUUCAGCGCGGCCUUUUCAACACGCGCGUCCGGGCCGAGCACACUCGGAAGCGCAAGCUCGUUUCCCACACCUUUUCGGCAAAGUCGGUCGCCCAGUUUGAGGCAUACAUCCAAGACAACCUGCGCAUCUUUGUCCAGCAGCUCGAUUCACUCGUGGAGCAGAGCCGGGACCGCAACAGCGCCGGGCAGAAAGAGGCCCAGGUCGAUUGCCUGCCGUGGUUCAACUACCUCGCCUUUGACAUCAUCGGUGAUCUUGCCUUUGGCGCCCCCUUCGGCAUGUUGCGCGCCGGUGCCGACAGGGCCGAGAUCAGGGUGUCCCCGGAGAGCCCGCCCGUGUACGCGUCGGCGAUCCAGGCCCUCAACCGCCGGGGCGAGGUCAACGCAACCCUGGGCUGUUUGCCGGGGCUCCGGGCCUAUGCCCGCUGGCUGCCGGACCCCUUCUUCAUCCAAGGGGUCGACGCCGUCCGUCAGGUGGCGGGAAUUGGGAUCGCGCGCGUCAAGAGCAGGGUGGAGAGCCCGCCGGACGAGCAGCGCAAGGACCUCCUCGCCCGGUUGAUGGAGGGCCGUGACGACAAUGGGGAGCCGCUGGGCCGCGACGAACUGACGGCCGAGGCACUGACUCACACAAUCGCCGGCAGCGACACCACGUCGAACACGUCGUGCGCCCUGGCGUAUUACCUCGCCCGCUACCCGCGGACGCUGCAGAAGCUCCAAGCGGAGCUGGACGCGGCCCUUCCAGAUGACGUGCCUGUCCCGACGUACGACAAGGUCAAGGACCUCGAGUACCUUGGCUGGGUCAUCGACGAGACGAUGCGGCACCACUGCACUUCGGGCAUCGGCCUACCGCGCGAGAUCCCGCCCGGCUCGCCCGGCGUGACGCUCCUGGGCCGACAUUACCCCCCCGGAACGGUCCUGUCGGUGCCGACGUACACGAUGCACCACUCGAGGGAGAUUUGGGGCGACGACGCCGACGACUUCAAGCCCGAGCGCUGGGCAAAGGCGACGGCGCGGCAGAAGAACGCCUUCAUCCCCUUUAGCAUCGGGCCGCGGGCGUGCGUGGGCAGGAACGUGGCCGAGAUGGAACUGAGGCUCAUCGCGGCCACGUGGGCGAGGCGAUAUUCGGUCGAGCUGAGACAGGGGGACAUGGAGACGAGGGAGGGCUUUUUGAGGAAGCCCCUGGCGCUGCAAGUUGCUCUGUCUCGGAGAUGA